AUGCCAGGGCAGGCGUCCAAUGUCGAGGAUCAGGAGCAAGGCUACCUCGGCCAAUCGGGGUUCAUGCACAUAUUCAGGCCCUCUCAAUCCAGUCCUAUUCUGAACCCCUCACCUUCUCAAGCGCUUGACUUGACACGCCUGACCAUCUCUCCGGUUCUCCGGCAGGGCUUUGCUGAGACGUAUCUGGAAUAUUGUUACCCGUGGUGUCCGGUGCUCGAGCACGAAGACUUGCACAGUGGCGGCCCCUUUUCCAAAUCAUUGCUGUUACAGCAGGCGUUGGCGCUUUUGGGAAGCAUCAUCAAUCCGCCUCGGUUGCGGCAUGAUUCCCCACAAACUUACUACGAGCGCUUUAAGAGCCUCUUCCACCGCAACCAUGAGAGAAACGCCUUGGUGCGCAUCGUUGCCAUCACCCUGGUAUACUGGUGGUGCGCUGGUCCGCCGAACCUGGUGAGCAUGGACAGCCAGUAUUGGUGGAACUCGGUGGCAGUUCGUAUGGCUCAAGAAAUCGGACUACAUCGAGAACCGUCGAGUGGGUAUACUUCCAGACCUGGCGAGACAGCGAGUCUGAGACGGCGGAUAUGGUGGACCUUGUUUGGGCGUCCAUGCAUCAUCCAUCCGGAUGACUGCGAUGUCCGACUUCCGACGAUCGAGGACUUUCCGCAUGCCGCCACAUCUCGUGCAGAGCUGUUCAUCAAUUGGGUCAAAAUCUGCGCAGUCGUCGGCGAUGUCUCCAGAUACUUGGUCCAACGUACCGAGUCCACUCCGUUCCCUUUCGAUCUCGCCCAGCGGCUUAUCGAGUGGGUCCAGGCACUUCCAGCUCACCUGCGGUUGCCGUUCGGCACAGAUCAGGCGUCACGAUUUGACCGACUCCUGUAUCAGCUGCACCUUCCUCAUCUGGGCGCAAUCACUUUACUCUACGUGAGUCCAUCUGCCCAAAGUCUACCGAAAGCAUACACGGCCGCCAUACUGUCAGCAUCAUGCGUGGCUCGUAUCGUCGAAGACUACUUGGUGCGAGGAUCGAUCCGUUUCCCGAAUGGCGUCGCGGGCUGGUAUAAUAGCAUCGCUAUACUUGCACUACUUCAUGCUCGCCGAGUCAGGAGCCUGGAACCCGGGGCCAGCGAGCAGAUCGAUGUCCUGUAUCUCGCAUUGAAGGAAAUGGCGAAACUCUGGCAUUCGUCCAAGAUGUUUCUCAUCGGCUUCGACAAGUUGUUGAAAGAUUCACAUCCACCGAUCAAUCGCACGAUGGCCAAUAAUGCUGAAAGAGGAUCAGGACUGGACGAAUUGACGGUAGAAAACGGGGUCAAUCCUCGUGACUUCUUCCCGACGACCACUGUGGAGAUUAGUCAGAUUUUCAAGGUGUUGUUGACGGAGAAUCCGCCAUCGACAUUCCGGGGGGCCAAGUGGACCAACGACCUGAGCAUGCAGUUGCAUGAUUUGUUUGACCAGCCAUAUGACGAAUUCAACUUUGACGCGUUGAUGACUUAUACUCGACCUCCUGAAGAGUUCCACUAG